AUGAACGGACAAUCAUAUGCUACGCAGCCGCGCAGGCGUUUCGCUGGUGAUGCUGAUCUACGACGCCGCAGAACGAUCCCUGAGCAACCUUAUGGCUAUGCAAACAGGCCCCAGAUGAUGAACAACUAUGGGGGCACCAUGCCGCAGCAGACUCCCUAUGGAUAUUCAGGCUACAACGCUGUGCCUGCACAGAAGCCGGUGAAUGUAGCGAUGUAUGCUGCAGGUGGCGCUGCUGCUGGUCUAGUGGUGGGUGCUGGAGCAAUGUAUGCUUACAACAACAUGUACGGCGACUCUUGGGAGAUUCACCGUCGACGACGUGUCGGAGACUUCCGAAGUCAGAGUUUUUGUGUUGUGACAGCUCCUGGAGACCGCAACGGUGCAUUCAUGGCAUGUGAGCAGUGCUAUCGAAUCUAUGGCUUUUCCCAGUGCCCAUCUGCCGAUUCUUGCCAAACAUCCGGUGGUUGCCGAUACACAACACCACAAAGCUUUAAUCGAGAUGAGCUUGCGGAGACUGGCUUCAUUCCCAAGGCCUACACGCCUCCUUUGCGAGUGAGCUUCACCAGCAUCACUGGACCAGGAAUAGACACGGAGUCUAUUUGCCCUCCUACGACAAAGGAAGAAGUCGAGUUGGCCGAGCGGUUCAAUCGCACAAUGUCCUUCAAACCGGAGCUGUUCUUGGUGUCCUGGCACCAGCUGACGGCUUUCCCACAGCCCUCAGCUGAGGAAAAGGCUCAGAAACACUCAUUUAUGACUAGCAUACUGUAUGCUAGUGUAGUGAUGUGUAGUGAUAGUGGCAACUUAAGAAGGACCUAUUGUAGCCACCACCGCCUACAACAAACAACUGUCGCUGCUGGUCAUGCUGCAAAAUUGGAAACCCCCAACUCCCAGCUCCCUGAAGGUUUGGAAAGGUAG